GCUAACAUGACAGCCUUGCGACUAAUGUGUGCAAUAUAGCUCAUAAAUACUAUUAUUCAAGGAGCCUGGGUGCUUAGAAACGUAACCAAGUUAAGCAUCACGCCGCCCCCGAAAAGACCCUCCCAUGGAGACGGUGUGUGGGAUAAACUGUUACUGUAGGAGCGUCCAGAACUUCUGUACCAGCAAUUCACCCUCGAAUAAUUCAAGAAAUGAAACUUACUGCUGAGACUUGGGACGCGAGGGUGGCAAAGACAAGGCACCAGAGCAGCAGCCUGCAGGGUUCAAACACCAGAGUUACAGACUCUUGUCAAGUUGGAAAGAAGUGAGAUAAUAUGUCACCUCAGUGUUUGGGCUCCUCUGCUCAGUUUUCCUUGCAUGGUUUCUGUCAUGCGAACCUGAGCUUCUAUCAGUCUAUAGCAUGACUAUCCACCUGCAGCACAUCAUGUCAAAACUUUAGUCAUUCGGCCACGUAUCAGUGAUAUUGAUAACAUCGCGCAAAUGUCUCAAGACAGCAGUGAAUAUUCAUUUUUGAUCAUAUUAAUAAGGUUAAGCGAAGUGUGGUACUUACCGUAGCCGGACUGCUGUGCGCAAAGUCGCGGAUGAGUAACGGUCCGCUGACGAAUGAAGUUGCUCGCAGUCACCCAAAUUCUUUUAUUAACUCGUAGAAAGUCACCUAACUUUCUCGAGUAGUCCCUCUCCUUACAGAGGAAAAAGUCAAAAUGUUAGAUUAAGCAGGGAUGUGUCCGAGGCUGCAUGGAUGAGGGUGGUCGGUUUUUUUGUAUGAGGAUGGGGGUGUGGUGGCGCUCAAACCAAACCAAGUUGCAUUGAUCAGAACUUCACAUCGACUCGGACAAAGAUAGAGCCGAGCUUGCCGUCGAGGCUCCGUCACUGAAGCAAGAGUUUUGGGACAAGAGAGCGGUCACCUGGUGCUCUUAGGUAGUGGAGGAACGCUGCACCGUUGCGCGCGGAGGAGAAGACGCGCCGCAGCGAUGCUGUCAGCUGCGGUUCUGCUGGUGGUUCUGUCCACUGUGCACCUCACCCGAGCCGAGGGAUGCGGAACCUCAUGUGGGAAGUGUGACUGCAGUGGCGUGAAAGGCACAAAGGGAGAACGAGGUCUUCCUGGUCUUCAAGGUAAUAUGGGCUUCCCGGGCAUGCAAGGGCCUGAGGGGCCACCUGGACCAAUGGGCGCUAAAGGAGAGCCUGGUGAUUUCGGGGCUCCUGGGCUUAAAGGCGUGAGGGGUCCUCCUGGUCUACCUGGCUUCCCAGGAAAUCCUGGACUCCCAGGUAUCAAUGGAAACGAUGGUCCAGCUGGUCUGCCAGGAAUCCCAGGAUGCAAUGGGACCAAAGGGGAGAGAGGCAGAGAUGGUGCUCCUGGUUUUGAUGGUCUUCAGGGUUCACCUGGUCCGGCUGGAAUUCCCGGCAUGAAGGGUGACCCUGGUGGUAUCAUUGGAAUUGUACCCUUGAAAGGAGAGAGAGGAUUCCCUGGAACACCGGGACUUCCUGGAACCAAUGGAUAUCCUGGACCCAUUGGUCCUCCAGGGCCACGCGGGUACCAAGGACCACCGGGAGAUCCCGGUCCACCAGGUCCUCCUGGAGAGAAGGGCGACAGGUUGGCUUUUCGUAGUGAGAAAGGAGAAAAGGGUGAACAAGGGUACCGCGGCCCACCUGGGCCACCUGGACGCGAUGAAGAACUCAAAGGUUUACCACAGAAGGAACUCGUAAAGGGAGCGCGCGGAAAUAAAGGAGAGAAAGGAGAGAAAGGCUUCUGUGUCCCUUAUAAAAAAGAUGUCAAAGGUGAACCUGGCCUGCCGGGACCCAUAGGGAAACCUGGAAAAGAUGGCGACAUUGGACCAAAGGGAGAGAAAGGGUUCAUCGGACCUCCAGGAUAUCAGGGUUACCCUGGUGAAAAGGGAGAAAGAGGGCCACCCGGAUACGGAAGUGGCUCUCCUGGGCCCCCGGGUCUUCCUGGUUUACAAGGAGAGAAAGGUCACCCUGGACCCCAGGGAGAGGCCGGUCCCCCAGGUGCAUUUGUGGAAGGACCUCGUGGAGAAACCGGUGCUAAGGGAGAUAUAGGUGAGAAAGGAGACAGAGGCGUAGAGGGAGAGUCUCUGAUUGGACAACCAGGACAGCCAGGUCAACCAGGACCUCCUGGGCCACCAGGACCACCAGUUGAUUGCAACAUCCAGAAAGGAGAUCCUGGACCACCUGGUCCUCCAGGUUUACAAGGAGAGCUAGGACAGAAGGGCGAUAAAGGAGAUACUUGCACCCUUUGUGAGUCCUUUGGAAUGCUCGGGCCUCCCGGCCCUCAGGGUCUCAAAGGAGAAAGAGGACCUCCAGGGCCUGUUGGCAGCAAAGGAGACAAGGGUCAAUCUGGGCCCCCAGGACAGCCAGGAAGACCUGGAUCCCACGGUGCUCCCGGGUUGAUUGGAGAACCAGGUGCUGUGGGUGAGCCCGGUGACAUUUUCAUAGCUCCGGGUCUGAAGGGAGACAAGGGUCUGCCAGGGGUUGCUGGUUCACCAGGUCUGCCGGGACUUGACGGACAGCCCGGAAGAGAUGGGCUGGCAGGUGAACCAGGGAUAAAAGGAGAACCAGCAAGGGAGGGCUUCAAGGGUGACCGUGGACCUAGUGGAGACCCUGGUCUUGCUGGAAUACCAGGAGAAAGAGGUCCUCCUGGAUUGCCAGGGUUUGGUCGACCUGGAGAGCCUGGUGAAAAGGGCAGCGAUGGCAAACCUGGGCUCCCAGGAGCACCCGGUGCACCAGGUGCUAAAGGAGAACCAGGUUCAGGGGUAAGCACACCUGGACCUCAGGGAGUGCCCGGACCACGAGGAGAAACUGGCAGACCUGGACCUCAAGGCGACAGAGGCUUCACUGGGGACCCAGGAGUUCCUGGUUUCCCUGGACAGAAAGGUGAAGUCGGACCCCCUGGAAUUGGAUUCCCGGGACCAACUGGAGCCAAAGGUGCCAGUGGCAUUCCAGGCGCACAAGGAUUUCCUGGAGAGCCAGGAAGACCAGGACAAGAUGGAAUUACUGGAGGACCGGGAGUACCUGGACAAAAGGGUGAACCAGGAAAGGGACUCCCAGGCCUUAAGGGCUCCCAGGGUCCCCCAGGAAUUACUGGUUUCCCAGGAGAGAAGGGUAACAUUGGUUUAACCGGUGUUCCUGGACGUGAGGGGCUGACGGGACCACCUGGACCUCAGGGUAUCCAAGGCGAUGCGGGACCACCUGGACCUCCAGGACUUGCAGGUGUUCCAGGGCCUCCUGGGAAAGGUUCACCUGGAAUUCCAGGACCACAGGGACCACCUGGGGAACCAGGACCUUUUGGACUGGAGGGCGCAAAGGGAGAGAAGGGCUAUCCAGGAUUUCCUGGUCUUGACAUGCCAGGACCACAGGGAGAGAAAGGGGCCCCUGGAUUUCCAGGAUCUCCUGGGCCAAAGGGCUUGCCUGGCCCACCUGGCUUACCAGGACGAGAUGGGUUAAUCGGAGGCCAAGGUCCUAAAGGUGAAAUGGGAGUUAUGGGAACCCCUGGUUCUACAGGUAUUCCUGGUGUUCCUGGUGUACCGGGAUAUCCUGGACAAAGAGGUGAUCCUGGUAUCACUGGACUUAGAGGAGAUAAAGGAUCGCAAGGACCCAAGGGAGAACGGGGUGAGAUGGGUCUUCAAGGACCUCCUGGAAACAUUAGUGAUGUUGAAAUGGGACAUAUGAAAGGAGAAAAGGGAGACACGGGUGAUCCAGGAAACCCUGGAGUGACAGGCGAGAAAGGACACCGUGGGUUGCCUGGAAAUCCUGGAAUGCCGGGCAAAGAUGGAGAACCUGGUUUACCUGGACAGCCUGGUGAGAAGGGUGAUCAUGGCAUGCCUGGAGAACCUGGACGUAUUGGAACACCUGGACAGAAGGGAAGUGUGGGAGAGAUGGGAAUUCCAGGUCCUGUGGGUCCAAAGGGCAGUAAAGGAGAUGUCGGCACUCCAGGACACCCUGGUUUCAGAGGCGUUGAUGGACCGAAAGGAGAUCAUGGGGUUCCCGGUGAGCCUGGUAUCGGUCUGCCAGGGUUUCCAGGCCCAAGGGGUGAGGUGGGCCAGCCAGGUUUCCAAGGAGAUCCAGGAGAAAAGGGUCAAAAGGGUCUUAUGGGAAUGCCAGGAAUGCCUGGACACCAAGGAGUCAAAGGAGAUAAAGGAAAUUACGGCAUUCCAGGUCAACCAGGUAUCCCUGGUGAGAAAGGCCUGCCUGGACUUCCAGGAUCUGUUGGAGAGCCUGGUCGUGAUGGUCGGCCAGGUGAGGGUGGGUUGCAAGGGCCUCCAGGGUUUCCUGGAGAGAAGGGAGAACCUGGAGUGGAUGGUUUCCCUGGUGCUUCAGGAGAGAGGGGAGAACCCGGUGUGCCUGGCAUCGGUUUCCCUGGGUCUCCCGGAGGACUUGGUAACAAAGGUGACAAAGGUAGCCCUGGCCUGCCAGGCACCCCUGGCCACCCAGGAGUACCUGGUAUCAAGGGUGACAAAGGACUUCCAGGAGUUCAGGGACUGCAAGGACAACCUGGGGAAAUUGGGCUGCCAGGUCUUGCCCAAAUAGGCCCAAAAGGAGAGAGGGGAGAAACAGGUCGACCUGGAGUGACAGGAACCACGGGAGCUCCAGGACCAGCUGGUGUCCCAGGCAGAGAUGGGCCAAAGGGAGAUAAGGGAGACCAGGGUGGGCCUGGUUUCCAAGGAGAGACUGGACAAAAGGGUGAUCCUGGAACCCCAGGAAUUCCUGGUCCACCUGGUCUGCCUGGUGUUAAUGGAGCAAAGGGAGAGAGAGGUCAGCAGGGUGUGCCAGGAUUCCCAGGUAACAAGGGUAGCCCUGGAGAAAUUGGCUUCAAAGGCGAGCUGGGAGACCAAGGCUUUCCCGGAGAGAAAGGAAGUGACGGCCCGCCGGGUCCGCCUGGCCCCCACACAUUUAUCAAAGGUGAAAUUGGGUUGCCCGGGGUGCAAGGCUUACCCGGACCCCAGGGUCCAUCUGGACUACCAGGGCAGAAGGGACAACAAGGUGUCUCAGGUUUUCCUGGUCCGAAAGGUGAAGACGGUGCUCUUGGAUAUGAUGGUCUGCCUGGAGCUAAAGGAGAGAAGGGUCUUCCCGGCCCUCAAGGACCCAUCGGACAGCCUGGCCCUCCUGGUCCUGAUGGCGUUCCAGGUCACGUGGGUCCACCUGGGCCAUCAUCCAUGGACCAUGGCUUCUUAGUGACAAGGCACAGCCAGACAGUGGACGUCCCAGCUUGUCCAGAAGGAACCUCGCUCAUAUACGAUGGCUACUCGUUGCUUUACGUCCAAGGAAACGAGCGCUCUCAUGGACAGGAUCUGGGUACGGCUGGCAGCUGCCUGAGGAAGUUCAGCCCAAUGCCCUUCUUGUUCUGUAACAUCAACAACGUGUGCAACUUCGCCUCCCGUAAUGACUACUCCUACUGGUUGACCUCCCCGGAGCCCAUGCCCAUGAGCAUGGCCCCAAUCACUGGUGAUAGCAUCAAACCCUUCAUCAGCAGAUGCGCGGUCUGCGAAGCCCCUGCCAUGGUGAUCGCAGUUCACAGUCAGACCAUCAUGAUCCCACCGUGCCCGUACGGCUGGGACUCCCUGUGGAUCGGCUACUCCUUCGUCAUGCACACUAGUGCUGGUGCUGAGGGCUCCGGUCAGGCUCUGGCCUCUCCUGGUUCCUGCUUGGAGGAGUUCCGCAGCGCUCCAUUCAUCGAGUGCCAUGGUCGGGGAACCUGCAACUACUACGCCAACUCCUACAGCUUCUGGCUUGCCACCAUCGAUGACAGUGACAUGUUCACGAAACCUGUCCCUGCAACGCUAAAAGCAGGAAGCCUUCGGACACACAUAAGCCGCUGCCACGUCUGCAUGAAGAGGACAUAGACCUCGCCCCGGACCUUGGAGCAACACUGCAGAUGUCCUCGGCUUCCUGUUCUCAAGGAUGGUGCUAUUUCCCUGCAUGUGUGAGAGGAGAAGGUGGAGUGUUCCUUGAGACUGAACUCUUUCGAAACUGAAUGCAGAGACCAAGUUGCCUUUUUAGCUAAACUAACAAGUCGCCAAAGAAUCCAGUUUACCACUGCACUGACUCCAAGAACCCCGCCUCCUGCCCCAAGACUGGUAAACUAUUGUUCCGAUGAAUCUGUGUACUUUGCUUCACAAACAGCAUCCAAAGAUAUAGAAACAUUUAAUGACGCCACCAUACCUUUUUUUGUAACUUGAUGUAGUCAUGUAAAGGAAGGGACUGACCACUCGCCGGACACACUAAACCUCUAGCAUGUCGCCAAUUUAGAACACACAUCACUCUGUUGUAAAUAUGAAACAUUCCUCUCUUUGCCAAUCAACACACUGUCCUCAGGAUGACCUUGAAUCUACUUUGUGUGAGUCCAUUUUUAUUUAUAAGAUGUCUGAUGUUGAGUGUAUCCAUGAUUCCAGAUCCAAAAACAGUCCGCGACUUAUCAACAGCACUGAAGUGUCGUCCUAGAAAGUGUGAAUGACUGUGUGUGUGUGUACAUAUAGUAAAUGAAUGUAUUUUUGUUGUGUAUUUUUGUGCACCCAGUAAUCAGAAAUAGCUCAUCAGGCGCAUGAAGUGAAUUUCUCAUCGUGACGUUGUACAUUUAUCAACAUACAUAAACCGUAUAGACUUAACCCGUGUACUUCUGCUCAUGUACCUGGGCGCUCCGAUUUGCCAGCCACUUUUGUUGUUGAUUUCAAGUUUUAUUACUCAUUAAAAGUAAAAAAAAAUGAGCACCAGCAAGUGCACGAAUG